AUGAGCGACGAUGUUAUCUUCCCGAACGUCGACACAUUCAACGGUCGCCGAUUCUACGACGUCAAGCAACAGAUAGGUCAGGGGAACAAGCACCAGUCCGUCUCACCGUCAGACACCGAGGCCAACUUCGGCACGGGACCUCGUGCCUGCCUUGGACGGUUCCUAGUGAGAUACGAAAUCCCCUGGUCGGUGGAUGGAGCGUCAUAUUACUCGACGAAGCCGGGUGCGGAGGUAUACUUUCGGAGAAAGAACAAGGUGCUAGGGGGUUGUGAGGUGUCAUAUACUCGAGAUUCCUUUAGUAAAUGGCUAGAGGUCCUUGGGGAACGCAUGUUGCAGGCUUAUGGAGAACGUGCCAUCCACCAGGCGCGUCGAAUGCGAGAGGCAAGCCAACACAUUUAG